UUUAAAUAAGUUUUGCGUUGCGUAAUUUAUGGGCUACCAAUUUAUGGACGAUCAAUAGUAUAUGGACUAAUUUAUCAAUUUAUGGACUAAUCAACAAUCAAUUCAAUAUCAAUUUAUGGACUAAUCUAAUCAAAGAUCAAUUUAUUGACUAAUCAACGACGUUGUUCUUUCAGACUAUAUCAUUUAAAACAAAAAAUAGCUAACAAUAAAAUGAAUGAGCAAAAUCAGGAAAAGUCUAAAAAUGAAUUUGAUGAUGUUAAAGUCGAAAAGAUACCAGAAAAUGUUUUCCAAUUGCUAGCAUAUAAAUUGACUUAUGACUGGAAAAGAGUAGCAAGGCUCCUUUUGCUGACUGAAUCAGAUAUUGAUCUUCUAACAGCUGAUUUUUCAAUGUUAUACGAAGUAACAUUUCAAAUGUUAAAUAUGUGGAGAAGAAGGAAUCCUAAAAGACAAUGGAGUGAUCUUAAAGAAAUAUUGGAACAAGUUGGCCGAAAUGACUUGGUUGUUGAAUGUGAACGGAAUCUAAUAUCAUUAUAUUCUACAUUUGGAGUUCAAAUAUCAUCAACAAGAUUUUAUGCUCGAACAGAUGAACUUCUUGAAAUACAUCAAGCCAUGAUUGAAUUAUCAAAAUCACAAAAGUCAUUUUUGGUUAUUACUGGCAUGACUGGCAUUGGAAAAACUCAGCUUGUACGAAAAUAUAUAGAAGUUUAUCGUAAACAUUAUGAUAAUUUUGUGUGGAUAGAUGCUGCAUAUGGUAAAAUAAAUAUGUCAAUAAUAAAUCUUUGUUAUAAAUUAGGAAUCAACUUCAAAGAGACUUAUGAUUUGUGUCUUCCCAUAGAGGUAGUUAUAUCUAAAAUCCAUAAUUACUUUAAAAGUAGUAAAACAUUAUAUGUCUAUGAUAACGUUGAUGAUGCAAGUGUCAAAAAUUUUGUAAAAUAUUUACCUAACCAACCUAAUUUGUAUACUUUAGUAACUUCACAAUGGAGGUGUUGGUCUCCAGAGGCAAUUAUAAUCCAAAUUGAGCCUUUCUCUCCUCAAGAUGCUUUUAAAGAAGUGUAUAUCUACUGAAGAUGAUAAGAUAUUAAAAAAAAUAACUGAAGUGAAAAGGUAUCAUCCUCUCGCACUACACCAAGCUAUAACAUAUAUAAAUAACACACAUGUCUCUCCACAAGAAUAUUUAGAUUUAUUUAAAGAUAACCCAGUAGAUAUACUUGAUGAAUUUAUUCAUACUGAACAAGAUGCCAAAUCAGCAGUUCUAUCGAUCAGAAUUAUUUUGCAAAAACUUAAAAUCAAUCACGAAAAACUUUCUUUGCAAAUCCUAAAAUUUUUAUCAUAUUGUGAUGGUAAAAAUAUAACAAUGACGUUUGUUAAACAGAUUUCAUUUCAUUUAAAACAAAAUGACAGGGUCAAGAUCUACCAUGCAAUUAAUGUUCUGAAAAACUUUUCACUUUUAAGUGAUUGCUGCGAUUCCAAUUUAAACAAAGGUUAUCUUUUGAUGCAUGAUAUAACACAAAUAGCAUGUUUCCAUUUUCAGAAAAACAAACAAAAGUAUUAUAAUAUAGUUGUCUCAUUUAUAAAACAAAAAUUAAAUAUGGUAAAAGAUCAUUACGAAUAUGGAAUUGAUUGGUACAAACAUUUUUUACAUAUAUUUUUGAAAAACAAAGCAAAGGUUGCUUGUGAUUUUAAUGAACAUGCUGAAGAGAUAUUUUGCUUGUUGCAAAAUAAGGGUUUAUUUAAAGACAUUCUGGCUAUUUUGGAAGAAAUUGAAUGUUUCCAAACAGUUACCUAUGGAAGAAACAAUACUCUUGUUAUUGAUACAAAGCAUCUUAAAGCACAAUGCUUUUAUAACAUGGGGGAAUUUGAAAAGGCAUUUCCUGUAUAUGCUGAAUUAGAAAAAUUACGAUCAAAAUUAAUUGGGAAAAAUCAUUUAUCUACUUUAAAAGUAAAGCAUAACAAAGCCCUUUGUAUGGAUGGUAUGGGUGAUUAUGUUGGAGCUUUUAAGAUAUAUUGUGCUAUAGAAAAGCAGUACAUGUCUUUAAAUACAGUUGGUAAAAAACAUCCUAAAACAUUAGAAACCAAGCAUAACAAAGCAAAUUGUAUGAUUAAUUUAGGUAAAUUCGAUGAAGCGUUACAAGAGUAUCAUGAACUUGUAAAACUAAAAAUAGAAGUUUUAGGUGAAAAUGACCCAUCAACAUUAGAUACAAAGCAUAACUUAGCCCUUUGUAUGGACUGUUUGGGUAGGCAUCAUGAUGCAUACCAAAUGUACUCUAAACUUGAAGAGGUGAAAAUUAAAGUUUUAGGAAACAGUCAUCCAUCUACAUUAAAAACAAAACAUAAUAAAACAAAUUACUUUAUCAAUACGGGUCAAUAUGAUAAAGCUUUUCAGGAAUAUAUUGAAAUUGAAAAAUUAUUAGUGUUGGUUUUAGGUGAAAAUCAUCCUUUAACCUUAGAAACAAAACAUAAUCUUGCUUUUUGUCUGGAAAAAAUGGGUAAAUAUGAAGAAGCAUUACAUAUAUACACUGAAGUAGAAAAACUGCGAAGUGAAAUUUUAGGAAACAAUCACCCAAAGACAUUGAUUACACAACAUAGUAUUCAAAAAGUUACAUCAUGCAAAAAUAAUAUGCGUAAAAGUAGUGUUAGUGAUAAUAUCAAAUUCAACAAACAAAAAUUAACAGAGUGCCAUUCUCAGUGCAUUGAAGAAGAGCAUUCAAUGACAUAUAAAUCAAAAAGUAUGCGAAAAUUAUUUGGUUGUUAUUGUUUACGAAGAUAUACAAAAACUUUUUCAAAAUCAAAAAAUUGUUCAUUAGAAGUUUUUUCGUCUAUUUAAUCUUUGAUUUUACAUUAAACAUUACAAGCUUCUAUUUCUAAAAUUUUUUAUAUAAGAAAAACAAAUAUUUAUACCUAUAUUUUUAAACACAUUUUUAAACUUUAAUUUUUUCAACUUUUACAUUAUAUUGU